CCAUAAACAAUUACUAACAAUAAUUAAGAACAUAUAAAAUGAUAAAGAAACAGUAAAGCACCUCCUUGUCUUUAUAAAGCACACAAACUCAUGCAUAUGUUAACAUACACCUUAUCAACAACUCUUUACUCCAAGUCCUUUUUCAAAACCCCAAGACAAUUAUCAUGAUUUCCUUGGAAACCAUUCAAGCGGCCUCUAGAUCUAUCGAGCCAAUUUCUAGUCCUCGGAUUUCUUUUUCAGCUGAUUUGCUUGAUGAUGAGGAUUUCAUUACUAUAAAUCCAAACUCUAUGGCGGAUAAAGAACAAGAGAAGCAGAGGGAAAAAGCACGUAACAUAGAUUUUGAGUUUCUCUCAAAUGAUAGCCAAACCAUGCUAUCUGCUGAUGAGCUACUUUUCGAUGGCAAGUUGCUUCCGUUUUGGCAAACACAGCAGUCUGAGAAACUCAAAAGUAUCAGUCUCAAGACAGAACAGUCCGAGGAGGUGACAAAACCCGAAGUUGUCAACAAUGCAGAGACUAGAGUAAGCUGGCUUCCUGACGAAGACCCUUCUCCUAGACCACCUACAUGCACGGUUUUAUGGAAAGAAUUACUAAGGCUGAGAAAGCAGCGUGCAUCUAGUUUGUCACCGUCUUCAUCUUCUUCUUCCUCAACAUCCUCAUCCUCGUUAAGAUCACUUGAUUUGCCCUCAAUCGAGGAAGGGAAAGAAGGUUCAGAGACCAAAGACAAACAUUCUAAAAGGAUUAAGAAGGGGUUGGAAAGGACUAGGUCGGCGAGCAUAAGGAUAAGGCCUGUGGUUAAUGUGCCAAUCUGCACACAGGCAAAGAGCAAUGCACUUCCACCCCGGUUUUCCUUUAGGAAAGCGAAAUCAGAGAAGUAAGAGUGAAGAGUGCUAACUACUGGUGAAAAUAGAAUUGUCCAUUAUGUUCAUUUGUUGUUCCUCAUUCGAUUUCAUUUAGGCCAUCCUUAACUUUCUAUUCUCUUUCUUUUCCUAAUUUGGGUUUUUUCUUUGGUCGUGUUUAGUUGAUUUCUCCUGUAGUACUGGAUCUGGUAGAUCACCAUGUAUAUGUUGACUUGUAUUUCUAUUGGAUUUAUCAGCAGCUAUAUUUCA